AUGGCUAGCCAGCCUGUUGUUCCGCCAGGAGGCAACUUCCCCAUUGCAGCUACAUCAGAAGAACCACUUCUUGCCUUCCGAUGUGCGGCUGCUAUAAAGCCUUACCUGGAAGAGGAUGUAGGCACACCUGCAGGCAUCCUCAUUGAUUCACCCGUUGUGUAUUCAGAGAUAGUCGGGGCACAGCCAAUUGGCCUCCCCGCAGGACUCUCGUCAUAUGCGCUUGUGCCGCUCAAUGCUUCUGCAUAUGAGUUAUCAUUCAGCCUUGAUGGGAUCACUCCUCAGAUGACCCCGUACAACCUCUCUUGCGAAGCCACUUACCUUGCAAGCAACUCAACAAGUUCAUCGCCACCUCAGACCUAUAGCGCUUCAGCAGCUCUUUCUGUGCUCCCUAAUCCGACCAACAGUUCCGUGACUAAGAUGGAUUUGAGAACUGGAGCACUUCUGGCAAAGCCAGCAACUGGGCUGGGUGGAGAGUACGAGCCAAUCUUUCCGAUCGGCUUCUAUACGACCUUCGAUGGAUACCUCUCAACAAAUAUUUCGGCGGUUGAUACGCUGAAGAGUCAAGGGUUCAACAUUAUCCAUAUUGUCCCAACAUUCGAUAAUAUGACCGCCUUUGAUAUGGUUCUUGAUCGUAUGCAAGAAGUCGGCAUGUAUCUCAUGUACGAUAUGCGAUACACCUACAUGAACAACACUUCCGUGAUGGAGCAGGUAAAUUCACUCAAGUACCGCCCCAACCUCCUACUAUGGUACACUGGUGAUGAACCAGACGGAACCUCGGACCCAUUGAACGCCACGAGUAUUGCAUACGACCUCAUUUACAGCCUGGAUGGUUAUCAUCCAGUCAGUCUUGUGCUGAAUUGCCAGGACUACGAAUGGGCCUCGUACACCGCAGGCACAGAUAUCGUCAUGCAAGAUGUGUACAUGAUCGGGAACAAUGUCACCUCGUCCAAUGAGUGGAACACGACUUGCACACCCGACUAUGGUUGCUGCGGUUGCGACAAUUGCCUCAGCAUUUCUGCCGGAGAUAGCGCUGCUGUUUCACCCAACUCCACCUAUUAUAGAAGCACCGUCCCCGCAAACAGCGGUAUCGGUUCGUACUUUGAUAUUAGCGACCGGGUUUCCAGCUUCAAAAAUCGACUGGAGGUGAUGGGAUGGGAACGUACCAAGGCGGUAUGGACUGUUUCUCAAGCUUUUGGCAGUGCGCAAUAUUGGACGCGUACUCCUACAGGCGAAGAAUGGGUUGUUCAGAGUAUCAUGGGCAUUAAUCAAGGUGCUCUGGGUGUCGUCCCCUGGGUAGAUCCAGCUCCCGAAUAUAUCAAGAUGGCGGCGUCCGCAUUCGCGCUGAGCUUGCCGAAGUUCACUUCAUAUAUCUUCAACGCUGCCUCAGUGCGCAGCAACUAUUUGGUCGGGGGUGUUGACAUUGCUAUUUGGGCGGCAGGAAGUGAGAUUCUCGUCCUCGCUACUAAUACCGAUUAUAUCACCUCGGAGGUGACCUGGGAAGAUAUCGCACUCCCUGGGACUAGUGUUGUUGUUGAGAUUGUGUACACAAGCGGAAGUGUCGAAGCCACCAGUAACAGUUUCACAUUUGGUAGUGUGGCAUCUGCGGCACUCGUAGUCAGUUUGGGAUAA